AUGCAGCAGUCGUCAUAGUGACGGCACUGCCAGAUACCUGAGUUGGGUGCUGGCGGGGAGCCCAGACAGAGGAGAGCCAACCUGCUGGGGGGGUAGACUGGGUGAACGCUGCAGAGGACAGACGCUCUUUAUUUUUCAUCAUGCCGAGAAGAAGUGAUGCAUCUAAAAUAGAUGACGUUGGGAUUGAGAUAGACGAUGAUUUGAGUGACAGUGAUGAUGGCGUCACCCAGAGGAGAACGAACAGGAGGCAGGCUGCUGGAAGAGGAGGUGCAAGGGGAAGAGGCCGGGGGAAAAAACCAGCCAGCGACGACGAAGAUGAGGAUGAUGAUGAGGAUGAAACUCCCAGUAGACGCAGGGGAGCAAACAAGAAGAAGCCCACCAAGAAACGUGGCGGUGGCGAUGACGAUGAGAGCGAGGAUGAGGCUCCCAAGAGGAAGCGAGGAGGAGCAGCCAAUAAGAAGAAAGGAGGCAAAGUUCAGGAGAGUGAUGAGGAGGACAGCGACGUGCAGAAAGGAAAGAAAGGAAAGAAGGGAGGAGGAAAGAAAGGAGGGAAGGAGGAGGAGGACAGUAAGGGUAAGAAGGGGGAUGCCAAAGGGAAGGACAAGGGGAAAGACAAGGACAAGGACAAUGACAAGGACAAGAAGAAGAAGAAGAAGGACGACAGUUCAUCUGAUUCCAACUCGGACUCUGAUGAGGAAGAGGAGUCCAUGUCAGAGGGAGAGAUGGCCCGGCUGAUGGAGGAGGUUGAGGAGAAGAAGAAACUGAUCGCCAACAUCAGGAACAAGCCGUGGAGGAUGAAGCGGAGGCUCACGCUCCUAAAGGAGGCUCAAGAAUUUGUGGAUAAGUUUGAAGGAGCUCUGGGCAAAGGAAAAGGCAGGAAGUGGUAUGCAUACAAAGUGAUGAUGACAAAGAAAUGGAUCAAGUUCCAGAGGGAUUUUGAGAAUUUCAGAACAGCGUGUAUCCCCUGGGAGAGGAAGAUCAAAGAGGUGGAAAGUCACUUUGGGUCAUCUGUGGCGUCUUACUUUAUCUUCCUGCGCUGGAUGUACGGCAUGAACCUGGUCCUUUUUGGUUUCACUUUUGGACUGGUGGUCAUCCCCGAGGUUCUGAUGGGCCUUCCCUAUGGGUCUAUUCCCAGGAAGACUGUACCCAGAGCAGAGCAGGCCACUGCUCAGGACUACUCUGUUCUCAUGGACUUCAACGGCUACUGCAAAUAUUCAGUCCUGUUCUACGGAUAUUACAACAACCAGAGGACCAUCGGCUUGCUGAAGUUCAGGCUGCCUCUGUCCUACCUCAUGGUCGGGAUCGGCACCUUCGGCUACAGCCUGAUGGUCGUGAUCCGCACAAUGGCCAAGAACGCUGAUGUCGGUGGUGGAGACGGAGAGGAAGGAGAGUUCACAUUUGCCUGGAAGAUGUUCACCAGCUGGGAUUACCUCAUAGGCAACUCGGAGACCGCUGACAACAAGUACGCCUCCAUCACCACCAGCUUCAAGGAGUCCAUCGUGGAUGAGCAGGAGAACCAGAAGGAUGAGAACAUUCACCUGCGGAGGUUUCUCAGAGUCCUGGCUAACUUCAUGAUCAUCUGCAGCCUCGGCGGCAGCGGAUACCUCAUCUACUUCGUGGUGAAGAGGUCUCAGGAGUUCGCCAACAGGGACGACCUCAGCUGGUACGAGAAGAACGAGUUGGAGAUCAUCAUGUCUCUGCUGGGUCUGGUGUGUCCUCCUCUGUUUGAGACCAUCGCUGAGCUGGAGGACUACCAUCCUCGAAUCGCCCUCAAGUGGCAGCUGGGACGCAUCUUUGCCCUCUUCCUGGGAAACCUCUACACCUUUCUGUUCGCCCUGUUUGACGAGGUCAACACCAAGCUGGAACAAGAGCAGUCCAUUAAGAACGCCUCCAUCUGGGCCAUGAAGGAGUACUACGCCAACUACACACGUCUGGUUAACGACACCAACGCCAUAGCACCCCCCAUGAACCCUGCUGAUGUCAUCAGAGGACCCUGCUGGGAGACCGCUGUCGGCAUAGAGUUUGUGAAGCUGACAGUGUCGGACAUCCAGGUGACCUACCUGACCAUCCUGAUCGGUGACUUUGCAAGAGCCGUCAUCGUUCGCUUCCUCAACUACUGCUGGUGCUGGGACCUGGAGGCUGGAUUUCCGUCAUAUGGAGAGUUUGACAUCAGUGGUAAUGUACUUGGAUUGGUCUUCAAUCAAGGGAUGAUCUGGAUGGGUGCGUUUUAUGCUCCUGGGCUGGUCGGCAUCAACGUGCUCCGCCUCCUCAGCUCUAUGUACUAUCAGUGUUGGGCUGUAAUGGCCACCAAUGUCCCCCAUGAGAGAGUUUUCAAGGCCUCCAAGUCCAACAACUUCUACAUGGGUCUGCUGCUCCUUAUCCUCUUCCUCAGUCUGUUACCUGUCGUCUACACCAUCAUGACCCUGCCACCUUCAUUUGACUGCGGACCCUUCAGUGGGAAGGUGAAGAUGUUUGAUGUGAUCAUGGAGACGAUCGACCUGGACCUGCCAGCCUUCAUGGGGACGCUCUUCAGCUAUGCAGCCAACCCAGGCCUCAUCAUACCAGCUGUACUGCUCAUGGUACUGGCCAUCUAUUAUCUGAACUCAGUGUCUGAGGCCUACCAAAACUCCAACAUGGAGCUGAAGAAGAAGAUGCAGAUGGCUCGGGAUGAGGAGAAGAACCGAAGGAACAACACGGACAGCACCAACCAGGUCAUGAAAGACCUGGAGGACCUGCUGCCGAACCGAUCUCUCAUCCCCCCCGCUCCUCCACCUCAGCCUGAAAAGACACCAGAGCCAGAAGCAAAGCCAACGAAGACGAAGCCCGGGUCAGCCGGUAAAGGCGUUAACCUGCAGAAAGAUGUGGCUCUGGCAUCGCCCAACCCCAACGCUCGAGGGCCGGUGAGCCGGCCGCCUGGGCCGAGAGGACAGGGACCAAUGCCAGGUCCGGGCGCUGGACGGGGCCGAGGCCGUGGGAGAGGGCCCCCUCCGAGAUAACAGUGUGAGAAAAUCACAUUCCUGCAGGCUGUAUUCAUCCCUUAGACAAUCUCCGUUCAUUUCACAGCUGGAGACAUAAAGAGGCACAAAAACAAGGUGUUGAGAUUGUGGCCCUCACCAUCCUUCAUAGGCCCUCAUAUUUCCUUACUGCCAUCAACAGUAGUUCAAAGUUUACUGGAGGUCAUUUUUGAAAAUUGUAACCUAUGGUACUGUUUUGCAACACUAUGCUGUAAAAACCUCAAGUUUGUCUUGAGUAACUUAUGGGUGGGCGAUAAUAUCACGAUAUUUCAGGGUAUUUCCGGGAUAAUGAUAUUCUUGGCGAUAUGACAAAAUACUGAAAAAUAUUUUUGGUUUAAAACUCUCCUUGCGGGAUUUUUGGCUCUCCUCAUGCUCAACCGGGUGCUUCUGCUUGAGGUGGUGAAAUAGGUUUGUUUUAUUGCCCCAUUUUGUUGUUACAGUCUUCUUGCACUUCUUACAUAUUACAGUGGUUUGCUGUACAUCUGAUCUUUUGUAACCAAACCACUUCCGUACUACUGUAGUCGCUCCCCUUUUUGGAACUAACUCCUCCACCGUGGAGCCAGUAGCAAUGUUACUUUCGCUUUCAGCCAUGCUUGUUGUUGCUGUGCGUAAUGGUAUGACAUCAUUACGUCUGAAUAUGAUUUUUUAUUAAGUCAUAUUCAUAUUAAAAAUGAUACCGAUACUAUCAUUAACAAUACGAUAUGGCACACCCCUAGCAGACACUGGGUUUUUAUUAAUCUUGUACGUUAUGUUAACUCACACAUUUUAUGCUCACACUGUAUAAGAUCAAUUGACCGGCCACAACGUGGGUGCUCACACUGAACGUAAGCACGGAACCCCUUUGUCCAGUGACAAUUCCAGUAAAGUUAAUUCAAACAAGACGACAGCAUCCUCCACAAUGCUGACAAAAAGAGAGGAAAGCAUUACUUUGUGUAAGAAGAAAAAAAGAAAAAUAUAGCGCGGUAAAGUGCAGGAAGAUGCAGACAGUAUAUCCAAGUUCAGUUUUACAUCACAGCACAGUCUCAGUCAGGACUACAGGUUUAGCACAGCAUGUAAAAUACUACUCCAAAAUUUCUGACAUGCCAGAAGUCCAACCGAUAGUCCGACAGCCAGAUCAUUGAUCAUUCAGGCAAAUAAUGUGGCGUCAUGACCCCCCUCAAACUGCACGUCCAACGACAACCGAUCUGGCAGACAUUCUAAAAUGAGUUAAUCCGCACAGCGUCUGCCCGGCUUAAUGGGACCAAGCUGGACUACAAGUUGGGCCCUUUUGGACAAAAUUAGGACCCAAGUGGGAUAUCUGUUGGUUACCACAUUGUCUUAACUUGGGUUGCCUGGGGUUUACCAUUGGUGAGUGUCUCAAAUUUAUUACACUAGCAUUACCAUGGUCACUUAAAACAUUAAUUUCUGAUUGGCUGGUAGGUGUCUGUUAAAUUCGUAUAUCAGGACAGCUUGGUCAACGUUCCGAAUCAGUGCUCAUUGUAUAUUAAAUUGUAGGUAACCAUAGCAACAGUACUUCUGAUAAGCUAAGUAAGUAAGAUAGAGAUCGGUUCAUCCCAAAGGAAAUUUCCGUGCCCAAGAUACUCAGUAUACAUUGGAGCGUGAAAGUUCGUUCUGGGAAACAAUAGUUUGACAACAAAACAACUACUCAGAGGCUUUUUCUGGAGCUUUCAACCGCAUCUCACAGUCUUUCUCAGCGGAUGGAAUUUUCUCAGUUGUCAUUAUCACCACCCAUAUAUGACCAUCUGUUACCAUGUGACCAAAGUUCCUUACUUAGGUCAUGUGAGGACUGAGCUAUCUCCAUGGCAACUCAGCAAACAAUUCUUCUGAGGAAGAAAGUGAGAUGCAGUUUAACGCUCCAGAAAAAGUUAGUAAGUGGCCCUUGAUUCUUUGUUUUUUGUCAAGCUCUGUAUAAAUUGUAUACACAGUAUUUCUAGUAAAAUAAAAUAAAAUAAAAUUUGAUACAAUAUAAUAAUAUUAUAACAUUUGUCUUAUCAUCCUCGGGCCUAUGUAGGACCAGUAACAGAUUGCUCACAUGCUCCCCACUUGUAGUCCCAAUAGAAAUCUUCAUGUGCAGACACACAUGGAGCCCAUAUGGUGCUGACAGGCAUAUCAUUAUAGAUUGCUCAAAUGGAGCUCAAAUGUCUUUUACUAACCUGUGUGGGACCUAACUGGAAUAUGUUGCCUGGGUCACUGACAUGUUUGAAAGUUCUGUGACUUGACUCAGUGAAUGAUAGAACACAUUUCCAAAAAGAGAACAAUUUUCUCAUUGAGCUUUGAACUCAUGAACCACAGGAAACAUGAUGACUUUACUGUUCGGAUGUGUCCAGACGCACUGUUAACGUAAAUAGAAGAGGGCAUAUUGGCUAUUCUUAAUUUAAUGUCAGUACGUAAAUAAUGUCAAUUAAUUUAUAAUGUCGAGCAUAUUUUCAUGCUGUUAUAAUGUGAUGAUUUUGAAGAUAUUGGCCUCACUGUCUCAUCCAUCUACCACUGAGUCUGUUCAUGUGCUGCAGGUAAACACAAAGUGUGAUCAUAUCUGAUGUCUCAGUUAUUGAUUUCAAUAACUGAAACAUCUGUGCUUUUUUAUUUUCUCUUACAUUUACACUGACUUUGUAAAUCAUGGUUUGAUUCCGACUUUGCAAUAAAAUUUUAAAUCUUUUAAUAACA